CGUAGCCAACACGGAGGGAAUAAACCGCGUACACGUGCACACUUGCAUGCUAGCGCGGUGAACGGGUUGACCCCGGAGAUUAAGACGUAGUUUAAUCUUAAUUUGGACGUUAUUAGACUGUUUUCAAAGCAUGAGGUGACCGACUUCAAACAAAAAUGCUCUCUGCUGUGUUUGGGAGAAACUCCUUCACUGCCUUGAGGGUGUGCCAUUGGGCCAUUCCUCCACAAAGCUCCUUGAUCUCGGCCCUGACUGGAGCGUCUCAUGUUGGGUCCAGGUCCCUGCAGGCCUGUGGGGUCUCAGCUGGAUCAGCAAAGAGCCAGACUCCUGCUGUCUGCCGUUUAGUGAGACCCGAGCUCCUCCAGAGGACCCGGCCUCAUGUUGCUGCUCGUUCAGCGAGGAUCCAGCACCUCCACACCUCUGCUGUGAGGCUGAAGAGACGGGAGCAGCCGGAGCCUCCUCCCAGGGAGCUGGACCUGCUCCGCUAUGACAUGAGGGACUUUAGGAAGAGCCCCAAACCGGCGCUGUACCUGGGCCUCGCCGGGCUCAUCCCUUUCGUCUCCCCUCCUCUGCUCAUGGGAGUGACUGAGAUCUACUUCCCAGAGCUGGCCUAUGCUCAGUUGGCCUACGGCGCCUCCAUCUUGUCCUUCCUGGGUGGAGCACGCUGGGGAUUUGCACUUCCUGAGAGCAGCCCAGCCAAACCUGAUUGGAUAAACCUGGCCAAUAGCGUUGUUCCCUCCCUAUUAGCGUGGGUGGCCGUGCUGUUCGGGGACAACAUCACCACGGCAGCCAUGUUGGUCAUCAUGGGACUGGGAAUCUCGCUGCACUACGACCUCGCUCUCCUGCCCACCUACCCCAGCUGGUUCAAAGCCCUGCGCGCCCUCCUGACUGUCGUGGCUGUUUUCUCCAUAGCUGCCACACUCAUAAUGAAUGGAUCCUUCCCAGAGAAAAGGAUUUUCUCAGAUGAAAAGGAAUGAAGGAAAUAUAUAUAUAUUUUUUUUUUUAAUUAUUUAAAAACAAAUAAUCACAGGGGACAGGAGAGUUGAGUUACUUUGGUCAUGCAACUCCCAGUCAUUUUUUGAUGUGAGAGAUUCCUGCUCCUCUCCACAAAUCCUCCAUAUUGUCCUGAUCUAGUCAUAUUUUGUAUGCUAUGUGUGUUAAUUUUACAGAUUGUAAGCUAAAUUGAGCUCUCUAACGGUAAAAUUGUUUCAUGUGUUGUCGCAUUUAGAUAAGCAGGGUGCAAUAACAUGAAAUUACUGUUUCAUGUUACAACUUCUAGAUGGACAAUAUGCAGAUUACAGUGCUGAUCAUGGAUGUGAUUUCUUAGGUUCUGAGGUUUAUUUGACCCACAACAGUGAAGACUCUUCAUCUCCUGCAAACUGUAUGCCAUUAUUUUUUUGUUGUCCUCAUAUGUCUGGCAAAGUUGUGAUCAAGCCAGGCUGUUAUUUUAAGAACCAAAAACGACUGACUGAAAAUGUGGCAAACUUUAAUUCUCAGUCACAACAAAUAAAUGUGGUUGUACUUUUCAA